GUAGAAAAUUGCUGUAUCAGGUUUUUGAACCAGUUUAUUUGAAACGAACUGUUCAAACGAACCGAUUCGCGAAAAUCACUAGUUGAUUCAGUGUUGGGCAUGAACAUCGUCAUGCGUGUUUUAGUUUGCCAUCUAGCGUUUUGGAGGAUAUUACAGAUGUUUGGUAAGUUACUGUAUCUGUGCUGCCAUUGGUCGGUGCCCCAAUGAAUAAGCACAAAUUUGUCACAACCGGUACCAAAAUAUCUUGAGUCACUGCGACGAAGUAACCCGUGAACGCUGUGUCGGACCUGUUCAUCAUUUUCUAGAAAUAAUUUAAACCCUCAAAGAACGCGUCCUUGUGUGAAUGUUUAAUGCGAUUAUUGUGCCAGCAAAACAGUGAAGUCUGGUUUUUCGAGUUCAGUCAGAGCGAGGAAAAACUAAGUUUCAGUUUGCUAGCAGUAGCAUUUGGUUUUUGUUUGUAAACACACGUUUGUCUAAAGUCGUAGCGAUGGCUGAUGGAAGUUCUUACAACGUGAAUUUGUACAUUUAUGACCUGUCAAAGGGACUGGCCCGUCAGCUGAGUCCCAUGAUGUUAGGAAAGCAAGUCGAAGGAAUAUGGCACACAUCAGUAGUGGUUUAUGGGGAAGAGUUUUUCUUUGGAGGAGGGGGCAUCACAAGCUGCUAUCCGGGUGGUACUAUUCUAGGCAUGCCCGAUUCCACAGUGGACCUUGGAAACACAGAAGUUCCCCGGGACCUCUUUCUGGAAUAUCUGUCUUCGCUCAGGGAGUCUACUUACAGCCCUGAAAAAUACCACAUUUUUGAACACAACUGCAACACCUUCAGUUCUGAGGUUGCACAGUUUUUAACAGGAAGAAAGAUUCCCUCAUACAUCACUGAGCUCCCAUCUGAGGUGCUCGCUACACCUUUUGGACAAGCACUCCGUCCUUUUCUAGAUUCGGUCACUAUCACUCCAUCGGGGAACAUGGGCAUGAAUGGAUAUGGCCAGAGGUAGAUCUGGCUUCAUCUAAGAAUGUAUUAUUACAACAGUCAUAAAGAGUCACACAGUGCCUUUCCAGAUAAGAGAAUCGUGUAAACAAAAAUAGCUUUUAUAUCAAAGCAGGUCUUCUAGUUUUUCUGCUCAGUGCCUUUUCAUAAAGUGAUAACUUUUCA